CGUACAAUAACCUUCUCAAAACUCUAACAUAGCCACAUGAAUCACAAAUCAGAGCGCCCUCUCAUCAUGCCACCAUCACCAGUAUUCAUCCCGCACGAUCUUAUCGUUGAAGUGUUUUCCUUUCUUCCGGUAAAAUCAGUCAUUCGAUUUACAUGCAUGAGUAGGAAAUUCGACUCUCUCGUCUCUGAUCCCACCUUUGUGAAUUUGCAUCUUCAUAGAUAUACAAAAAAUCAAGAUGUCUCACUUAUAUACACCUCUCAAAGCGAUGACGCCACCUUCACAGUUGUUCGUCUGUCAGAGAAUCCUCCAAUUCGUUUAACCCUUCCAAAUCAUCCUCACUAUCAACACAAAUACAAGAACUGUCUCUAUAUAGUUGGUUCCUGCAAUGGAUUACUCUGUUUGGGUUAUCACGUUUUUCGUGGUAGCAAGGCAAAGACGUGGCUUCGUUUUUGGAACCCCGCAACCAGGAUAUUAUCAGGUAAAUUACCAGCCAGUGGUGAUGCCGGCCUUUAUAAGUUGACUUUUGGUUAUGAUAGUUCAACGGACACUUAUAAGCUGGUGCAUUUUAUUCCUGAUAGAACAGAGGUAAAAGUUCUCAAUUUGGGUGAUAAUGUUUGGAGAAAUAUUCAAAAUUCUCCUAUACGUCAUGGUUUUUCAAUGGAUUUGGUGCAUGUGAGUGGUUGUGUUAUUUGGUUGGCAAUAUGCAAUUACCCCGCUAUUAGUCCUUAUAAUUGCAAGGAUAUUACUAUCGAAAAAUUUGCGGUUAUUUCACUUGAUUUGGGUUCAGAGACACAUACUCGGUUGUCUCUUCCUCAAGGUUUCAAUGAAGUGCCAUUUGUUGUACCGCAUUUAAGUAAGUUAAAGGACUGUCUUUGUUUUUCUCAUGAUUUCAGAAAAACUCAUUUUGUAAUUUGGCAAAUGAAGGAAUUUGGAGUUGAAGAAUCUUGGACACAAUUGUUUAAAAUUAGAUAUCAUGAUCUUCAAAUAUAUGAUAACUUUUGUAUCCGGCAGAUUAUGUUGCUGCCAUUAUGGUUAUAUGAGAAGAGAAAUACUCUAUUAUUGACAAAUCCAAAGACUUCAAUUCUCUAUAACUGGAGAUAUAACAAAGCAGAGAGUACGGAUAUACUUUGGCCGUUUGGUAGCCCUUAUUACAAUGAAAGCUUGGUUUCAUAUCGCUGA